AUGCACAAGCGCACAAAGAUCAAGAUUGCCAUCUUCGUGCUCCUGGUGGGAAUGGCCUGCACGUUCACAGCGGUGGUGACGGACCACUGGGCAGUGCUCAGCCCGCGGGUGGAGAGGGUCAAUGAGACCUGUGAGGCGGCCCACUUUGGCCUGUGGAGACUGUGCAAGAAGCAAAUUUACAUGAGCUCCGAAAACAACGUGGAACAUGGCUGCGGACCCAUCAGCCUGCCUGGAGAGGAAAACUGCACUUACUUCGGACACUUCACUCCAGGGAAGGAUUCAGAGAUAUUUGAGUACAAAACCCAAAAAGAGUACAACAUCUCGGCUGCAGCCAUCUCCAUCUUCAGUCUGGGCUUCAUGAUCCUGGGCUCUCUGUGUUUACUCGGGUCAUGCACUGGUAAAGGCAAAGGCAGAGACUACCUCCUCAAACCGGCCGGCAUGUUCUUUGCGUUCGCAGGCCUCUGCCUCUUCAUCUCCCUGGAGGUGAUGCGUCAGUCAGUGAAGCGAAUGAUCGAGAGCGAGGACACGAUCUGGAUCGAGUACUACUACGCCUGGUCCUUCGCGUGCGCCUGUGCCGGCUUCGUCCUCCUCUUCCUCACCGGCUUCGCCCUCCUCAUCCUCUCCAUGCCCCAGAUGCCCCAGAACCCGUGGGAGACUUGCAUGGACGCUGAGCCGGACCAGGUGGAGUGA